AGUUCCUUUCACUGGAGCUCAGAAACUCAUAUAUUUUCCAAUUUUUGUAGGAACAGUUUGGAGACAGUCCAACAUGACAUCAAGGUUCAUAAAGACAUGGAUGAGAGUUUGAUGUGGAUGAACUUGACUGGCCUGCACAAUCCUGACCACAACCCUAUAGAACACUUUUGGACGAAUGACAGCAGAGAAAGAGAGCCAGGCUUUCUCCUCCAACAUCAUAUGAGGAAGCAUGGCUUGGUGUGAGCGCGGGGUUCAGACGCUGUUGGCCACCGCGGGGGCUUUCGCCGCCUUCAGCCUCAUGAGCAUCGCCAUCGGCACGGACUACUGGCUCUACUCGCGGGCGUACAUCUGCAACGGGACCAACGCCACCGCCGACGAGUCCCAGCCGCAGCCCAGGAGCAGGAAAGGGGACCUGACGCACUCGGGACUCUGGAGGAUCUGCUGUAUUGAGGGCAUCAAUCAAGGCAGCUGUUACAGGAUCAACCAUUUCCCCGACGACAACGACUACGACACGGACAGCUCAGAAUACUUGUUGCGUAUCGUGCGAGCCUCCAGCGUGUUCCCCAUCCUCAGCACGGUACUGCUCAUGCUGGGCGGCUUGUGUGUCGGAGCGGGCCGAGUUUACAGCAAGACCAACAACAUCCUCCUCAGCGCGGGCAUUCUCUUCGUGGCCGCAGGUCUGAGCAACAUCAUCGGCAUCAUCGUGUACAUCUCAAGCAACGCGGGCGACCCCAACGACAAACGGGACGACGACAAGAAGUACACGUACUCGUACGGCUGGUCCUUCUACUUCGGCGCCCUGUCUUUCAUUGUGGCCGAAACGGUGGCCGUGCUGGCCAUCAAUAUCUACAUCGAGAAGAACAAGGAAGUGCGCUGGCGUGCGCGCCGCGACUUCAUACGCUCGCUCUCGUCGUCGUCGCCGUACUCGCGCAUACCGAGCUUCCGCUACCGCCGGCGGACGUCUCAGGCCAGCUCGCACUCCACUGAGGCGUCGCGGGAGAACUCGCCCGCGGCGGGUCUGAAGGGGGCCGGGGGCGGGUGCGGGCCCCUGGACGAACUGUCUAUGUACGCCCUGGCGCGGGACAGCACGACGGACAACGCGUACAGCCCCGAACACGAGGCAGCUGCCGAGUUCCUCCAGGUGCAUAACUGUUUCCCCAAUGAUUUGAAGGACGGGGUGAAUCGCAGGACCACGCCUGUGUGAGUCGCACGAUGACCGGUGGGGAGGGCGAGGAAUUGAGAAAAAACCAGGGGGGGGGGGGGGGUGGGGGGGGCGAUCUCCUGGAGCCUGACGGCUUGCUGUAGUCUGACUUCUUUGGGGUACGGCCCCCAGCGGGUGUCCACAGCGAGGUGACGUGGACGGUCACACGUGGAAAAAAAAAAAACACUCACGCUGUACUUACUGUAAGUAGAAGUACAUACACUUGUGUAAAAAAUAAAAAGACUGCUAAAAGCACUGAUUCAAUUUCUAUACGUAAGCAAAAGAGUACAGACUGAAAAAAAAAAGUCAAAAGUGGAAUGUUUACUGUCAAUGAUAUACAGUACCCGUUUGAUACAGUAACUUGGUUCAACGAACUAAUACCAUUUUUGACACACUACUGCAAUUCAACCUUACAAGUGAACUACUGUGCUCCACUCGUAAUACUACUACACCCAAACAGUAGGCAUGUGUCACACACCAGUAGCUCCCUUGAUAGAGUGGGUACGGAAAGUAUUCAGACCCCUUUAAAUGUUUCACUCUUUGUUAUAUUGCAGCCAUUUGUUAAAAUCAUCUUUUUUCCCCCCCUAAUUAAUGUACACACAGCACCUCGUAUUGACAGGAAAAAAAAGUAAUUGUUGAUGAUUUAUUAAAAAAGAAAAACUGAAAUAUUACACAGCCAUAAGUAUUCAGACCCUUUGCUGUGAGACUCCUAUUUAACUCGGGUGGUGUCCAUCCUUUAUAAGACCUUGCAGCUCACAGUGCAUGUCAGAGCAAAUGGGAGUCAUGAGGUCAAAGGAACUGCCUGAAGAGCUCAGAGACAGAAUUGUGGCAAGGCACAGAUCUGGCCAAGGUUACAAAAAAAAAUUUCUGCUGCACUUAAGGUUCCUAAGAGCACAGUGGCCUCCAUAACCCUUAAAUGGGAGACGUUUGGGACGACCAGAACCCUUCCGAGAGCUGGGCGUCCAACCAAACUGAACAAUCGGGGGAGUCUAUGUGAGAGAGGUAAAGAAGAACCCAAAGAUCACUGUGGCUGAGCUCCAGAAAUGCAGUCGGGAGAUGGGAGAAAGUUCUAGAAAGUCAACCAUCACUGCAGCCCUCCACCAGUCGGGUCUUUAGGGCAGAGUGGCCCGACGGGAGCCUCUCCUCAGUGCAAGACACAUGAAAGCCCCCAUGGAGUUUGCUAAAAA